UAGAGUGAGGACUUGUUCGAUGCCUGCAAACGGAAGGAUGGCAAAGUGUUCCAACGACAGUCUCUCAUACAGGUUUUGCAUCUCCGCUUGAAGAGGUGAGUAAAGUCUGGAAAAAUGACCGGCUCGCUGAAAUGCGGACUCUGCAGUCGAGCAUCAUCCUGGCCAAAUGUCAACCACGACUUUUAGGUCAUGAGAAACAGAGAAAAUGCGUUGUCUGUCCGAACAUGGCGCAGUUCCAACAUGACCUGCAGCUUCAGCAAGUGCAACGAUGGGCAGAACAUGGCUGUUGUUUUCACCAUGGGGCUCCAAAUUACGUCGAACACUCGUCAUCGUCGUUCAAUGCGUCCCCCACCAGUGUCGCGUCACACACGACACGGUGGAUACGCUGCCCCUCCGCGUCGUUUGCUCACUCAUAUUUUAUGAGAAUUCGCGUCUCACAUCUUCAAUAUCAUUCCAUCACCACAUACUGCAGUAACAUAUCCUCAUAUCAAGUCAACCCAACUCACGAAAGUAAGCCACGCGCUCGCAAUCACGUUCCAUCGAAGAACCAUGAGCAUGUCCUGGCUUCUCUGGUUCUGAGGUAUUAUGGAACACGAAUUUGCCUGUUCUGACAAGACAUAGCUUGUAGCUUUCAAAUCCACUUACCAUCAGCCAUGUCUG